UCAGACUACUCUGUUGGCUUAAUGGCUUCCGUUUUGUCAGCAUUUAAACUAUCUUCUUCCUCGCCGCUACUCUCACUAGACCACGCAUCUGCUUCUUUAUCUUCACCUUCUUCUUCUUCCGUCUUCAAGUACCGCCCUGCCGUUAUUCUUCCAGGCUUGGGAAACAAUUCGAGUGAUUAUCAAAAGUUGGAGCUUACUUUGCGAAACUACGGAGUGGAGACGGUAGUCGCUAAGGUGUCCAGGUUUGAUUGGCUGCGGAAUGCUGCCGGUUUGGUUGACCCCAAUUACUGGCGGGGAACUCUCCGUCCCCGCCCUGUACUCGAUUGGUAUUUGAAAAGGGUUGACGAGGCCGUUCAAGAGGCAAAGGAGCUUAGCCAAGGUUGUACUUUGUCUCUUAUUGGACACUCAGCUGGGGGAUGGCUUGCACGCAUCUACAUGGAAGAUUUUGGGAUUUCCCAUAUUUCCUUAUUAUUGACCCUUGGAACCCCCCACCUGCCACCUCCAAAAGGUUUACCAGGGGUCAUUGAUCAAACAAGAGGUCUGCUCAAUUAUGUUGAAAAGCAUUGCUCAAAAGCUGUUUAUACUUCUCAACUGAAAUAUGUAUGUAUUGCUGGGAGGUAUAUCCAAGGUGCACCCUUCUUUGGCAGCUCAAAUGCAAACGUUGAUAAUGUGCUUCCCAUUGAAGGUACGGCACUACCAAUAUCAGAAUCAGAUGGUGCUGUCAUAAAUAACACGAGCACCUCCACUUCAGUGUCAACUACCACCCUCCGUGCUCGCAUUGUAGGGCAAGGGUAUAAGCAGGUCUGUGGAGAGGCAAAUGUUUGGGGUGAUGGAGUUGUGCCUCAAGCAUCAGCACAUCUGGAUGGUGCGCUGAAUAUCAGUUUGGACGGUGUUUACCACUCCCCGCUUGGUUCAGAUGAUGCUUCAAAACCAUGGUAUGGUUCCCCGGAUGUUGUAGAGCAAUGGAUACACCACCUCCUUAAUUAACUAAUCACUUUUUUGCCACUGCACUUUACAGUUUGCAGAAAAUAAUAGAGUCCCAUCCCAUUCAUGUUAUAAAUAUAGCAUCAUUGAACAUCUCAAUUUUUUUUAAUUCUAUUCAUUUAAUGUAUGAUUAAUUGUUUAAUUUUUCCA